AUGGAAGGUACUCAUUGCACCCUCCAAUUGCAUAAGCCCAUUACGGAACUCUGCUACAUCAGCUUCUAUCUUCCAAAGGGGGAAGUCAGAGGAUUUUCGUACAAGGGCGCUGUAACUCUAGACAGAUCCACUAAAGGGUUUCAUAACUGCUACCAAGUCAGGGAGGAGUCAGACAUCAUCAGCCUCAGCCAGGAGCCAGACGAACAUCCAGGCGACAUAUUUUUCAAGCAGACUCCCACGAAAGACAUUCUAACUGAGCUGUACAAACUCACAACAGAGAGGGAGAGACUGCUAACCAAUCUCCUGAGCUCAGACCACAUCCUCGGGAUCACCAUGGGGAACCAGGAGGGGAAGCUGCAAGAGCUGUCGGUGAGCCUGGCCCCCGAGGAUGACUGUUUCCAGAGUGCUGGUGACUGGCAGGGAGAGCUCCCCGUGGGCCCUCCCAGUAAGAGGAGCACCCACGGGAACAAAAAGCCUCGGAGGUCUGGUGGAAGGAGAGAGAGCGCUGGGGCUCUCCCACAGAAGAGGACCAAAAGAAAAGGGCGUGGAGGCCGAGAAUCAGCUCCUCUGAUGGGCAAGGACCAGAUCUGUUCCAGCCACUCCCUUCCUCUUUCUAGAACAAGGCCUCAUCUUUGGGUACUAGAGGAGAGAGGAAAUCUGCUCCCGAAUGGGGCACUUGCCUCAUCCCUGCAGAGGAGAGAGAGCUGCCCCACAGAUAUUCCCAAGACGCCAGACCCAGACCUUAGCCUUGGGAACUCUGAGACGGCUUUCAAGGACACUGGGCUCGGACGAGGAGUGCUGCCCCCUGACUGCAGCUCCCCAGAGGUAGGAGGGGAUGGCGUUCGGAGGCCGCCGAGCAGCGGGCUGCAGCAUCAGCAAACAGGUUUGUCUGAAAGUCACCCGGACCCUGAGAAGCGUCCAGAGGCAGAAAAGGAUGAGAUGGAGAAGUCGGCUAAGCAGAGUUGCAAGCAGAUACCUGUCUCCAAAGUGGUGGCCAAAGUUCAGGACCUGUCCUCCCAGGUACAAAGAGUAGUUAAAACGCAUUCUAAGGGUAAGGCGAGGAUUGCCAUUUGCCCAGCAGCCCACGCUGAGUUUGUACCCAAAGCUGACUUGCUUACCCUCCCGGGAGCUGAGGUCGGGGCUCAUGGUUCCAGGCGGCGGGGCAAGGAGCGGCAAGGGGAUGGGUCAUCGCAGUCGCCAGCCAGGGAAACAGCCACCAUUUCUAGUGCGUCGGCCUGUGCCCAGGGGGCUGUGAACAAGGUCCUCCUGAAGGUGAUAGAGAGCGAGAAGUUAGAUGAAGCCCCUGAGGGGAAAAGACUGGGCUUCCCUGUGCACACGAGCGUCCCUCACACUGGCCCAGAAACCAGAAACAAGAGGAGAGCCGGGUUGCCCCUCAGUGGCCACAAGUCCUUGUUUCUGGAUCUGCCCCACAAAGUAGGUCCUGACUCCUCCCAACCCAGAGCGGAUAAGAAGCAGCCAUGCCCCCCAGCACCAGCAGCUCUCGGCAAGGUGUUGAAUAAUUCAGCCUCGCAGUCCAGCACACGCAAACGGACGCCACCUGCUCCCUCGCCUCUGUCUCCAAGGCUCCCCAGCCCUCAGCAGCAUCACAGGAUCCUCCGGCUGCCUGCACUGCCUGGUGAGAGGGAAGCUGCUCUUAAUGACUCUCCUGGUACAAACAGCCGUGUCUUCUCUGCUGACACCUUGGAGCCACCAUCCUCUGCAAAGGUCACGGAGACCAAAGGAGCCAGCCCGGCCUUCCUCAGAGCAGGCCAACCUCGGUUGGUGCCCGGGGAACCUUUGGAAAAGAGCUUGGGGCCAGGGAAGCCCACAGCUGAGCCUCAGCACCAGUCACCUCCAGGUAUCUCCUCUGAGGGCUUUCCCUGGGAUGGCUUCAAUGAGCAGACACCUAAAGACCUUCCCAACAGAGAUGGAGGCACGUGGCUUCUGGGCUACAGAGCAGGACCAGCCUGUCCAUUUUUGCUUCAUGAGGAAAGGGAGAAAUCAAACAGAAGCGAAUUGUACUUGGAUCUCCAUCCUGACCACAGCCCGACUGAGCAGGAUGACAGGACUCCUGGCAGACUUCAAGCUGUCUGGCCACCCCCAAAGACAAAAGACACAGAAGAAAAAGUGGGACUGAAGUACACUGAAGCAGAAUACCAUGCUGCUAUUUUACACUUGAAGAGGGAACACAAAGAAGAAAUUGAAAACCUGCAGGCCCAGUUUGAACUUCGGGCAUUUCAUAUCCGGGGCGAGCAUGCAGUGAUAACAGCGAGACUAGAAGAAACCAUCGAAAAUCUGAAACACGAGCUAGAACACAGAUGGCGAGGGGGUUGUGAAGAGAGGAGAGAUGCGUGCAUUUCCACCAAUGAUGACUGCCCUCCAAAGACCUUCAGAAAUGUGUGCAUUCAGACGGACAGAGAGACCUUCCUCAAGCCCUGCGAAGGCGAAAGCAAGACAACCAGAAGUAAUCAGUUAGUACCCAAAAAGCUGAAUAUCUCCUCUUUAAGCCAGCUCUCCCCGCCAAAUGACCACAAAGACAUCCAUGCAGCACUCCAGCCAGUGGAAGGCAUGGCAUCAAAUCAUCAGAAGGCAUUGCCUCCGCCUCCUGCACCGCCCUUGCCAACAUCCAUCCCUCCCCCUCCACCCCUCCCCCUGGGACUUGGAUCUUUGUCUCCAGCACCUCCAGUGCCACCUGUGAGUGCUGGGCCACCGCCACCACCUCCGCCACCUCCUCCACUGCCACCUCUACCUCUGUCUUCAAGUGCUGGACCUCCCCCACCCCCACCCCCACCCCCACUCCCACUUCCUAACUCCCCUGCCCCACCCAACCCUGGAGGGCCGCCUCCUGCUCCACCACCGCCAGGACUUGCACCCCCACCUCCCCCUGGACUCUUCUUUGGAUUUGGCUCUUCUUCCAGUCAGUGUCCUCGAAAACCAGCCAUUGAACCCAGUUGUCCCAUGAAACCUUUAUACUGGACUAGGAUACAAAUAAGUGAUAGGAGCCAAAAUGCUACACCAACCUUAUGGGACUCCUUAGAAGAACCUGACAUUCGGGACCCUGGUGAAUUUGAGUAUUUAUUCUCCAAAGAUACAACUCAACAAAAGAAAAAACCUCUGUCAGAGACUUUUGAGAAAAAAAACAAGGUCAAAAAGAUCAUCAAAUUAUUGGAUGGAAAACGAUCUCAAACUGUGGGAAUCUUGAUAUCUAGUUUACAUUUAGAAAUGAAGGAUAUCCAACAGGCCAUUUUCAAUGUGGAUGACUCCGUGGUUGAUCUGGAGACCCUGGCAGCCUUAUAUGAAAACAGAGCCCAAGAGGAUGAGCUGGUUAAAAUAAGAAAGUAUUACGAGACAUCCAAAGAAGAAGAACUGAAGCUGCUGGAUAAACCUGAGCAAUUUUUACAUGAGUUAGCCCAGAUUCCUAAUUUUGCUGAACGUGCCCAGUGUAUAAUCUUCAGAUCUGUCUUUUCUGAGGGUAUCACCUCCUUGCACAGAAAGGUAGAGAUCAUCACGCGAGCUUGUAAGGGUUUGCUGCACAUGAAGAGUGUGAAGGAUAUUUUAGCUCUCAUUCUGGCUUUUGGAAAUUAUAUGAACGGAGGAAAUAGGACUCGGGGACAAGCUGAUGGAUAUAGCUUAGAAAUUCUGCCCAAACUCAAGGAUGUCAAAAGUCGGGAUAACGGGAUUAAUCUGGUGGACUACGUUGUUAAGUAUUACCUGCGUUACUAUGAUCAGGAAGCUGGAACAGAAAAGAGUGUUUUCCCCCUGCCGGAACCACAGGAUUUCUUUCUGGCCUCCCAAGUCAAGUUUGAAGACCUCAUAAAAGAUUUGAGAAAACUGAAGAGGCAACUAGAAGCAAGUGAGAAACAGAUGGUGGUGGUGUGCAAGGAGUCCCCAAAGGAGUAUCUCCAGCCUUUCAAGGACAAACUAGAGGAGUUCUUCCAAAAAGCCAGAAAAGAGCAUAAGAUGGAAGAAAGUCACUUAGAGAAUGCACAGAAAAGUUUUGAAACAACAGUAGGAUAUUUUGGGAUGAAGCCAAAGUCUGGUGAGAAGGAGAUCACACCCAGCUACGUGUUUAUGGUGUGGUACGAGUUCUGCAGUGACUUCAAGACAAUUUGGAAACGGGAGAGUAAAAACAUAUCUAAAGAAAGAUUGAAAAUGGCUCAGGAAUCAGUCAGCAAGUUGACUUCAGAGAAGAAAGUGGGGACAAAGAAAAUCAAUCCCACUGCUAGCCUGAAAGAAAGACUGCGUCAGAAGGAAGCCAGUGUGACCACCAGCUAAGAGGGAGACACUUGGAAAUGAUGGCGCUGGAGAUGGAGGACUGAC